CAAGGGCGGGCGUUCCUGACACCGCAACCUGCGUACAACUCCUACUUUCUGUCCAGAGUGUCCUGGCCUGAGCCGGGCGGGGCGGCCAGGACUUUCUGUGCUACGGGGGAAUUUCCGUUCCUUCUCCAUCCCGGGUCGGGCCUGCCCUGCCCCGGGGGUGGUGAGUGGAUUCGGGCUCCGGAGAGAGGGCUUGGGGAUGGGAAUAGGCGCUCAAGGGGAAUAAGGCCUCGGGGUGGGAGCAGGGGGCGAAAGGUAGAGGAGGGAGGGUGCCUGAGCAUGCGUGGACUCUGAGUGAAGGCAGACCCCACUCCCCCUCCCCCCUCCUGGGAUUCCCCAGGGACUGGCUAGUACGUGUCAUUCCCCGGGGGCUGGGCACUGGCCUAGGUGUGAUUACAGAGCAUGCUGGGAGCCAGAGUCCUCCCAGGAGCUCUCCCGGGACCACAAGUCCUAGCAUCCUCCGCGUCGUUGGCCCGCCCCGCAGGCCUCUCUGACAACCACCUGGACCAACGGAGAAAGAAAGCCUUAAGUCGCGGAGACGUUAAACCAAUGGCGAGAGAGCGGGGGUGGGCGCUUUGCGUCAGACCCUUUCCCUAAGUCCAGUGUGGGCUCGCCCCAAACCGGGUGGCGGCUGGCUGGACUCUCUCGGCUCCGGCCCCCGGCUCAGGCCCCUGGCUAAUGUUCCAUCCUCUGGCUGGGCCGGCCCGGGGGCGGUGAGUGGAUGACUGCGGGCCUGGGGAGGGGGCUGGUGGCUCAUGCUGGAAACUUGGGGAAGCAGGUGGGUGGUCUGGCCAGAGGACGCCUCCCGCCCCCCCUCCAGUCAGAGGAGCAGCUGACAUCUGUGCAGAGCGCUGAGAGCAGGGGCAGGGGACAGGCAGUGCCGCCCCCACUUUGCAGAAGAGGAAGCUGACACCCCGACUCAAGGAAGGGUCUUCCCCAAGGUCGCAUGGCUGGGAAGCCCCAGAGUCCUCCCAGGAUAUUCUUACUCAAUCAUCAAGCAAUUAUGCAGCACCUACUGUGUGCCAGGCACUGUGCUAGGAGCUGAAGAACAGAAGCAGGAGGUGGAUUACGAAUGAGGAACAACAAGGAUUGAUGACACCGGAUGAUGUGGCUGGGGAUGUCCGGGAGGAGUGGGUUGUCCGGACCCUGCCCAGAGAAUCCUCUCCAGGGUUGCCGUCCAGCAGGGUUAGAAGAAUGGGCUCUCAAUAGGAUUUCCAGACCCACUGUGAUUUCCCAGCUUGAGCAGAAAGAAGAACCGUGGGUCCUGGAUCUCCAGAGCUUGGAGGAGGGGGAGAUCCUGAGAGCAGCUCACACAGCCUUUGAGAACCAGGUGGAAAAGCUGAACCAGGAAGUUUCUGAGGCAGCAGAACAAUUUGGGUCAUCUUCAGGAAGGCCCCAAAAAGAUAUUUCUCAGAAUCCUGAUUGGGAAAGAAAAUGGGAAAGGGAACAUAUAUUAGAAAGACAACAUGGAACUCUCACAGGGGAGGGACAAAGGGAACUCCUUUCAAAGGAGAGACAUUUAAGUAAGCUCCUAGGUAGAUAUGUAGGUGAAAAACCCAAUGUGUGUGCUGAAUGUGGAAAAAGCUUUAACCAGACUUCUUAUCUUAUGAGACACCUGAGAACCCAUACUGGAGAGAGGCCAUAUAAGUGUCUUGUGUGUGGGAAAGCCUUCAAACAGAGCUCAGACCUUGUCACUCACCGUCGAACACACACUGGAGAGAAACCCUACAAAUGUAAUGGGUGCGAAAAAAGCUUCGGUGACAGCUCGACUCUCAUCAAACAUCAGAGGACCCACACAGGCGAGAGACCAUACGAGUGCCCAGACUGCGGGAAGACCUUCAGUCGGAAGCCACACCUUAUCAUGCACCAAAGAACCCACACAGGGGAGAAGCCCUAUAAAUGUCUGGAGUGUCAGAAAAGCUUUAGUCGGAGUUCAAAUUUCAUUACCCAUCAAAGGAUUCAUACAGGAGAGAAACCCUAUACAUGUAAUGACUGUGGGGAGAGGUUUAGCCAGAGCUCAGAUUUGGUUAAGCACCAAAGAACCCACACAGGAGAACGACCUUAUAAAUGUCCUGAGUGUGGGAAAGGCUUCCGAGACAGUUCCCAUUUUGUAGCGCACAUGAGCACUCACUCAGGAGAGAGACCCUUUAGCUGUCCUGAAUGUGAUAAAAGUUUCAGUCAGAGUUCUCACCUUGUCACCCACCAGAGAACACACACUGGGGAGAGACCUUAUAAGUGUGAUGAUUGUGGGAAAGGAUUCACUGACAGUUCUGCCCUCAUUAAGCACCAACGGAUCCACACAGGUGAAAGACCCUAUAAAUGUGGGGAAUGUGGGAAGAGCUUCAAUCAGAGUUCACAUUUUAUUACCCAUCAGAGAAUCCAUUUGGGGGAGAGACCUUAUAAAUGCCCAGACUGUGGCAAGAGCUUUAACCAGCGUUCCCACUUCAUAACACAUCAGAGAACACAUACAGGUGAAAAACCCUUUCAGUGCACCAAGUGUGAGAAGAGCUUUCGGCAGAAAGCACAUCUUUUAUCCCAUCAAAAUACCCAUUUAACUUAAGUAAUACCCUUUAGUUUAUCCAUUUCUCCUUGUCCACCUCUAGCGAAUAACUUCUACAAACAGAAAUCCCAGAACCCGAUCGUGACGAUCUUUCCAUAGUCUGUCCUGACUGCCUGUUCCUCGGCUUGGAGAGGACAGCUCUUGAGUAAUGCCUCAUCUGUUAUUUUGCACAAUAGGACAGGCAGAAGUGAUUGGAUGCUGAUGCACGGUGUGUGGCACAUAGAUGUUUGAUUAGUAAAGAUUGACACUCUAGAGGCAUAGUACACACUUACCAAAAGAGAGGAAGUAGGUGUGGACUAGCUAAAUUAUUAGUAGUCUAGGCCCAUAGCCUUUAAAAAUUUAGUGUGUAUCUCAAAGGGGGCUUAGUUGAAAGCAAAUAAGAAUUUGGAUGAAGCUGGAAAAGGUUAUUAUUGGUUUGUAUUUUCCAGGCAUCGUUCAGCUGGGUCGUUGUGACAAAAGAAAGCACGGUGGGUUGAAAAGAUUAGGUGCAGGCUGGAAGACUUUUCAGAAGCUUUUUGCAAAGCUUAACUAAAACUGGUCCUUAUUGGACUGUUAAAGGCCAAGGGCUAUUCCCAAGUUGAUCAUAGUUUGCUGUUCUCGUUUUCUGAGGCAUAUAGACUGUUCAGCAUACCAAAGGCACUUGAAAGAGGACUGUAGUUUGGUGGAAUUUAAAUAAAGGGUUAAGUGAUAA